AUGGUCUUGUUUCGAACAACACUCCUGGCUUUCGCCAGCGCUGUUGCCGUCUCAGCCGACUACGUUAUUCAACCUGAUACCGUGCCGUUGCCAACCAGGAUGGCGUGGUGCAAUUCCCAGACAGCUAGUUGCGGGCCCAUCUGCCUCCAGACCUCGGUCGGCCCACCACAGACCAACGAAUGCGAUGCCGAAACCCUCCAAUACGGCUGUGUCUGCAGCGACGGGAAGCAGCCCAACAUGACCCAAUACACCAUGACCCUGCCAUACUUCACGUGUACCGAAUGGGGCAACCAGUGCGUGAAGAGAUGCGGCAACGACAACCUGUGCGGAAACGACUGCCGUGAGAAGCACCCCUGCGGCGCCCUGGACCCGCCCAAAGGCAACGCGACGAAAACGACCUCGUCCGUCUCAGCGACGGCCACGGCCUCCGCUACGGCCAGCAAUCAGGUCUUCAACGGCUUCGGCGACGGCUCCAGCUCCAAUGCCGGCAGCGGCAACGGCAACGGCAGCGGUGCUGGCGCCGUGCGCUUCGGCGACUCGUUCGGUCUUGUGGUAGUGGCGGGCGGCCUGUUCGCCGGGCUCGCUUUGCUGGCUUGA